UGCGCGGGUGCGCGCUCUCUUCCCAGUUUGAGAGAAAGAGAGAAGCAGCUACGUGCCUCGUAGCCUGUGGCAAAUGUCUUUCCUCCUGUGGGAGGUCCCGCCGCGCCCCGCCCCAUUCUUCCCCGGGGGAGGGGGAGAAGUAGGCAGGGGAAGGGGGCGCGCCCCCUUCUCCCAGCGCGCGACGACUUUCUUCUGCCAGGAGCCGCACCGUGCGAUACAAUGACCCUGCCUUGAAGGCAAGCAGAGACCCUGCCUGACAGCAGCUCCAAAUGGAGACCAGAAGGAAGGGUUAGGGCCAGCGAGCGGGUGUUGAAGCGUCGCGGCGGCGGCGGCGGCGGCGGCAUGCUAUGGAGAGCCGUGGCGCCGCGGUGCUGGGCUUAGGGCAACUUUUAGCUCCUUUCGGGGAGCACCAGAAGCAAGAGGACGCUGCCUCGAGGCCACCAUGGCGAGGGGGCUGCGAGGAGGAAGAGGCGGCGGCGGCGGCAGCAGGACGGAACCCCGUAGAGCUGCAGCAGCAGAGGCGGGACCGCGCGGGGGGAGCCGCCGCCGCUUGGGAGAAGGACGAGGAGGCGCUGCUGGAGUUGCGCCGUCGCCGCGGGCGCUCCCUCUCGCUGCCCGCCAGCCCGACUUUGGCAGCCGCGCGGCUUUUCCCCCGGGGGCGACUGCAGGGGGACAGCGAUGAGGGGGACGACGACGAGGACGGGGCGUCGGUGUCGGGCGUCAGCGGCUGCUGCACCAAGUGCAAGAAGCGCGUGCAGUUCGCCGACUCGCUGGGCUUGUGCCUGGCCAGCGUCAAGCACUUCAGCGCCGCCGAGGAGCCUCAGGUGCCGCCCGCCGUGCUCUCCCGCCUGCAAAGCUUCCCCAUGCGCCAGCGGGACUUCGAGGAGUUCAGCGCCGCCCUGGCGGAGCUGGGCGGCUGCGCGGCGGCGCCGUUUUCUCGCCCGCUGCAGCAGUCGCAGCCUCAGGCCCUCCAUCUGGAGGGGGCGGGCAAGCCGCCGGACUCGGCGCGGCUGCAGCGGGAGCGCGUGUGCCUGGAGACGGCGGCGGGCACGGCUCUGGCCGGGGUGCCCACGGACGUGCGCGGCGUGGUGAGGGUGCUGAGCUGCCCUGGCCCCAAGGAGGUGACGGUGCGCUACACUUUCAACGAGUGGCUCUCCUUCUUAGACGCCCCCGCCGUUCUGCUGCCGCCCGACGGGGACCCCGCGGAUCCUUCCAGCCCCGUCGAGCGCUACCAGUUCGCGCUGUGCCUCCCUCCUGGCUUGCAAGACGGGACGGCCGUGCAUUUCGCCAUCUGCUACCGCAGCCAGCAGGGCGAAUACUGGGAUAACAACGGCGGGGACAACUAUGCCCUUCGCGGAUGUAGCAGCCCCGAGAAGUCUGCAAGCCCCUUGUAUUACUGAGUCGGACGGCGGCAGCCCUUGCGAGAGCCCCGAGAUGCUCCAGCCUAGAAGCCAGCGGUGCCUGCCUCGCGUUAUACAGCCGGCCUACCAAGGAGCCCCGCAGCAUCCAGGGGCGUCCCGCGCUCAGCCUGCCUACGUGCCUUUCCCCGCUUCCGGAAGUUUAAGCUUUGGAGUGGAUCGGGUAGCCAGACGUGCCUUUAGCCUUAACUGCAACCAGCCUAGCAAGCAAUGUGGGCGCCCAAGAGGGGUCAAACCAGCAGAGCUACCCAACCCCGUCGGGACCGAGAGAGAAGAAAAUGUGUGAAUUACAGCCCGUCCUAGGAGAGAGGGAUGCUCCCCUUGGAAAGCCAUCCCUAUUGUUCCAAGCCAAUGUGCAUAUUACCUGCAUUUUUGUCCAGAGAUAUUGCCUGGAACCUGGUAGCUGUAAUUGGGUAGCGGAUAUUGACAUCUGGUGCUGUGAAACCGCCAGAUUAUCAUUUGGUGGUGGUGGGAUAUAUGCCUCUCUUUGGAGAGAGAGAGAGAGAGAAAGAGAGAGAGAGAGAGAAUGCAUCAACUUUAUUGUUGCUGUCGCCAUAGGUUUGAAAAUUUGCAAGAAGAAAACAAGCCAUUUCUGAUUUGUGCCUUCCAUUAUUCCUUUAUAGGAAGUGACCUCUAAAAAGCCUUAGAAGAACGCUUAGCACAAUCACCAAACUCACUCUGAGAAUUGGGCAAACAGAGCUGUUCAGGGUUUGUGUGUGUGUGGGGGGGGGUUGCGUUUCCCUUCUUCCCCUCCCCCCAACUUGAAUACUGUACCUUUUGAAUGAAGGUUCUUUCUUUACAUUAAGAUAGACAGAAAUAUAGUUAAUGUUCUGAAUACAAUGUAGGGAGAGGUGCUUACUUUGAUUUUUGCAAUAGAGAUGGAGAGGUAUGUUGAGAAAUUGGAUAGGGACUUGAGUAAAUGCUGUUUUUAAGGAACUUUGUAACUGUACUUAGUUUUGUUUGCACUGAGGAUUUUAAUUUUUGUUCCAGUAGAGCACACAUGAGCUUUCAGGGUCUGUGAAAGGUGUGUUCUUUGUGUACCAGAGUAUUCACACUAGGAUGAAGUGGAUUGACAGUUUUGUGCCCACUUUGGGUGACCAAAUGUAAGGGCGGACAGGGAACUUCAGAACUUGCAGUUGUGUAGAAGUAGUUAUGUGUAAUAGAGGAGAUUGUAGCAGGUGCUGGUUUUCCUGUUGAAAUCCCCCCUUUUGCACAAGCGUUAAAAGUACAAAAGCCCUGCCCUCUUUUUCAUUAGGUCAUCCUGUCUAGGCUGGCUUCCUGCUUGCGGCUAGCUGUAUUGCAGCUACACUUGCCACCACAUUGCAUUAAGCUUUUUACAAACUCCUGCAAAACUGUAAACACACACACAUGCACGAAACACAUGACGUUUUCAGGAGUGCAAAGGCUGAUACCUAAAUGUGGUAGUGGCUGCAUACAUCUAACUGGUCAUGAGUAGUGAGAAGCACAAGCAUGAGUCUUUCUUUUCUUUUAAAAAUGUCUAGCUAGACUACCACAUGCACAGCUGUCUCGUGGACCAUUUAUGUUUAUAGAUGGGUGACUUAGUUCCUUAAACUGUGAGCUCAUCCAGUAUUCCUGAAGUUUCCCUUCUUGGGAGUUCUCACUUGAGAUGACAUACUGUGACAAUAGUUGUUGUCAGAGCAGGCACCAUUCUAUCACUUUUAGUGUGGCCCUCUUUACCUGGAUAUCCCAUCUCUAUAGGUUGUGGGUAUCUUUUCUGGGCUCUCCUUUAUGUUGAAACGUAUUGCACUUUCACAACCCUUAGUGGUCUAUUAAGCUAGCUGUAACAUUACCAUCACUCAGCCUGUACAGUUCUUAAUAAGAGCAGUCAUUCUGGGAAACCAGGCUAAAACAUGCUUCUGAAGGAACAAUUCAGCAACUAUUUCACUGGUCAUACAAAAAGUAAAGGUAGCGGUGUUUGCCAUAAGGAAUUUAUUUUAAUCUGAUACCUUUAGACAAGUCCAAAGGUCAUAAAAAUGUGCAAACUUGCACAUUUUUGUGAACUUUGAGUUGGUCUCUAAUUAAAGGCAUUAACUGGUACCUUUGGGAUUAUAUCCACCUAUAUGUAGUGUAAAAAGUCUACUUAGCAGUCAUGCCUUUAUUUCCUGAAUCAUGACAGAUGGUCACAAUGUUGUUGAAGUUUGUGCUUUCUUACAAUAUUCACUAAAACUUGGAAUGCUGGAUUCUUUCAUAUUUGGAAUUCUGAGGAAUUAAUGCUAAGGCCCAUCGCUAUCUUUACCUAAGACAGGUAACAGGUUGACACCUUUGUAAGGCAAAGAACUCCUGUGGGAAAUGGUGAAAGGUGUGACUGAUUCUUCAGUAGUAUGAAUAAGUUGUGUGUGUUUUUUUAUUCUGAGGGACCCUGUGUGAUAUAUGAAUACAAUUCAUUGGCAUAGCCACCUGGAAGGUGAAGGGAGAUGUGAGCAAGGCUAAACUUUACAAAGCCAUGCUUGGUUAUCUACUUUUUGCAGUUGUAGCCUGCAGUGACUGCAUCAUUUAUUGGUAUUGCUUUGCCGCGUGUAUGUAUUUCUGGGAGACAGAGCCACUUAACAUGGUAAGGAAAAUGGUGUAUGCAGUGUGGCCACUGUGGGGGAGCAGUCAAUAUGAUAGCAUUUGAAGCUCUGUAAUCAUGAGUCUAGGAGACAUGGCUGGACAUGGCUUCCAAGCAGGUGCGUACUGCAAGUUUGCAGAUUGGUAUCUCCUUUCAUAUGUUACGCAUCCCCGCAAUGGCGGCACAGCAAACACUGCUCUUCUUUGUUGUAUGUAGCAAUCCAGAAUCCCUUAGCUGCUCUUUUAUGUAUAAAGUAUGCAGAAUGUAACCCUUCUGGAUUUAAUAUGCUUUUUAAAAGAGAAUUUUGGAUAUUUUUUGGAAAUGUCAUGAUGCUCCUAAAGAGUUAAAUGGCUGUUUGUUUUUGAAACACAGACCGUCUGACAGUAAAUUAUACUAUAACCUUGGACUUAGCAGCUGAAUAACUGUUUGGGACAAAAGUUAAAAUGUAGUGGAAGCCUUCUUGUUACAGAGCCAGAGGGACAAAAGAAAUGAGAGUGAGAGAGAAUGCACACCAAGGGCAAUACUGACUUGUACUGCUUUCAUUGCUCUUAAAAGCUAUUGUGUUCCUCCAACCAGAGUAAUUAUGGUCUCUAACAUGCAGGAAAAAAAAUCAUAUUCAUUACUUUUCCUAAUGCUGUAUUGUAAAUAUUGAAUAACCCUGCAGGGUUUCUAUUUCUUCUAAAAUUAAUUUCCAACAUGUUUUAAAUAAACGAAGCAACUGAAA